GCAGCAGCGACAGUGAAUGCGUUGCGCGCGUCGUAGUAAUAACUUGUUUCCUGGGCAGAACGCAACAACGGGCAACGCGUGUUCCAGUUUCAAACGUACCCCAAAUACGACGGACAAACAAAAACAAGAACUUUGUACAUAUAUCGAGAACUGAAACGAAACGAUUAGAAAAAUAGAGAAACAAAACGAAAUCUAAUCGCGGGGUGCGCAGUAAUCGCGGUGCGGUAUUUUUGAUAAUAAGUGCGUACUCGGCUGCUGCUGCUAAUCGUAAUCCGUUAUCCGUUAAUCGCCAGCAGUGGGCCAAAAGGAGAAGACGAGACUAAUAUGUAGUUAGUACUUGCUAUCCGUGUGUGGGCUUUUCAUAGUGAUUGUAUGUGGUGCGUGAUCAAUUAAUCGAGUGGAAAGCCAGCAACAACAACAGUUGUUGUUGUAACGAGUCAAACGGAAAACCAGCUUGUCUCGCUCAUUAAAACAAUAACAAGAAAAACAACAACAACAAGAAAAACAACAACAACCAUAAAGAGAGUAGCAACAACAGCGAUCAGCAGGCAGGCAAGCAACAAACGAAAUAGCGUCGAAAACAAAGAAGCCAAGUGUGGGGGAAACAAAGAACGCGAGCACAAGGCAGCAGUAACAAAACGGAAAGCAAAGACUGGAGCUACAACAAAAAAUACAACAAGCAGAGCAAUCACAGCAGCAACAAGUACAAGCACGAACACGAACAACAAGCGAGCAUAACAACAAAAACCAGAACGCACAAGUUUCUAUCAACUACUGGAAGCGACUACAACUCCUUUGUGACGCAGUGGAAUAAAUAGCAAAUUAAAUAGUUAUAGACGUCGCAAACCUAAAUUAUCAUACACAACAAGCUCACAUUUUUGUGACUUUUUUUUGUGCGCAUUCAGCGUAAACGGCGACAAAUUAUUAAUUAAGACGCCAAAUGUUUGCUUGUCGUCUCCACAAACUGCAAGCCAGAGCGAGAGCGAGAUCAUCAAAUUUACAAAAAAAGAAAACAAAAACAAAUCACAUCAACAAACAGCAAGUGCAAGCGAGAGGCAACUAAAAAACGAAGAGAGCGUGAUUUGUAUUUUGAGAGAACUGUGUUCACAGACUGCACUAGUGUUUCAUUUCCAUUACGUUGCGCACAACGUAAACAGCUGUGAGCUGCUUAGCCGAGACGUCGACGUCGCUGUUGCUGCGCGCCGUUUUUGCUUGAUAAGCUUUUUAUGCUGCUUUUUGUUUUGUUGUUUUGUCGCUUGUUCAAGUGCAUGCCAUCAUCAACUCGAUCUUCGAUUAGGUCUGCCUGCCUCUCUUACACAUAGUCGCGCUCUUUUGAAUGCUGGCGCAUGCUUGCCAACAUCUUCCGCCAGCCGCAGGCCGUGUCAUUGUGUUAUCAGUCAAUGCCAUUCUGAAAUUUGCUGCAGCGACAACUAAAAACUUUAUAGCAGCCAGACGACUGUCAACAACAACAACUAAAACAGCACUGCAGGCGGCAGAAGCUACUCGACACCCACACAAGCGAUCCAUCGUUUUGCAAAUUUCAAUACUCAAUCACACAUAAAAGCGAGAUAAUGUCGCAUGCCACAAGCCAUGAUGUGGCACAACAGCUGCCGCAUCACGAGGAUCUCACGGCACAAAAUAACAAAUCAAAGUCCAACACACUGAACUCGCAACAUCACAAUGGCCUCGCUUACAGCAGCAACGUCAACAGCAGCAGCCCAGAGAAACUCACGGUGCUGGACAUGAUACUCGAUGCCCUGGGAAUGCGUAAUCUAACGUCCAAGGAUAUUGGGACACUGAUAAUGUUGGGCUUCAUGUUCUUGCUGUUUGUGAUAAGCGUAACCGGGUUCUUUGUAAUGUGGUUCACCGAAUACUACAACAACACCAUGCUCCAGAAAAUAAUACUCGCUGAGAAUUCAGAGCGCGCCAAGAGCUGGCUGAAUCCCGGACCCGAUACAGACACAGUGCUCAAGGCGCACAUAUUCAACUACACGAACAUCGAGGAUUAUCUUGCAGGGCGGGCGGAUAAGAUACAUGUGGAGGAUCUGGGUCCACUCACCUAUCAGGAGCACACGGUCAAGGAUCAAGUAUCGUUCAACAAAAAUCACACUGUCACCUUUAGGGAUCGCAAAUCCUACAAACUUCUGCCGGAAAAAUCGACGCUGCGGGAAGACGAUAUCGUGUUGGUGCCGAAUGUGCCGCUGCUUUCCGCUGCGGUACAUGUGAAACGUUUUCCUGCGUUUAAACGCCUGGGUGUCAACGGCCUCAUUUCGUUUUACAGAGAGCCGGUCUUCAAACGUCUGACUGCCUUCGAGUAUCUCUGGGGCUACAAGGAUAAGAUCAUAAGUCUCGAGUCGCUUGGCGGCGGCAAUAAAACGCACUUUGGGUUGCUUAGAACUCGAAAUGGCACCAGCGUGGACUCGGUGCAGUUGAAUACUGGCGAGGAUGAUAUCAACAAAUUCAGUCUCAUUACACAGUUCAAUGGCAAGCCGCAGCUGGACUUUUGGGAGGGCGACGAAUGCAAUCGCAUCGAUGGCAGCGAACCGUCAAUGUUCUCGCCAACUCUGCUGCAGGAACGCAGCACAGUGCACGUCUUUUUGCAGGUGCUGUGCCGCAAGGUGCCGCUGCACUUUGAGAAAGAGGAAACCAUCUUCAACAACAUCGAUGUGCUGCGUUACCGGACUCCGCUUGAUGUCUUUGCUCAUCCAUCGGAGAAUCCAGCGAAUGAAUGCUAUUGCCGCAACACGGAUCUUUGUCUGCCCAGCGGGGUCAUCAAUGCCACCAAGUGCUACGAUGAUUCACCCAUCUUUCCAUCGUUUCCACACUUUUUCUCCGGUGAUCCCGUGAUCUACAAGGACUUUGAGGGCAUUAAACCCGAUGCAGAUCUACAUCAAACUUAUGCCGAUAUACAUCCACGCUUUGGGUUUCCCAUCAGCGGUGCAUCGCGCGUCCAAAUCAACAUUAUGCUGGACAAGACGCCACUAUUGCUCAAUCAAGCGAAUCGCAUUCAGAAUGCCACCAUCUUGCCUUUGAUUUGGAUCGAGAUAACCGCUGGUGACUUCGAUGACGACGUGCUGCACACGCUUUACAUCAGCACAUUUGGCUUAGAUGCCAUACAACUAGCACUUAAGUAUGGCACUCUGCUGGUCUCGGUCACCACAUUCAGUUUGAUAGUGGCCAGCGUUUACUAUUUGAAUAGUAAACGUGAGGAGCAGCAGCUGCAGCAUAGCAAAUCAUCAGCUGAGCUGGAGGCACUCAAUGGAGGACUCGAAGCCAAUGGCAGCGUUGUUGUGGUGCAAGUCCAUGUGCCACACACUGUUGGUGGCCAUCCGCAUCGAGGCGAGUAGUAGUGCCAUCAAACAUAAGACAUACAGGGGGGUGUUACCACGGGGGGUUGGGCAGCAUGCAAUAAACAUAAAUGCCAAGUCUAGACAAAACACAUUAGGGUGCCUUAAAAAAAAACAAAGAGAUUUUCGAAUUUGUCACGAUGUAGCUUAGCAUAUUAUUAGCCUAGAACAAACAAAUGUAGUGUUAACUAAUUGUAUAUAUGUGUAAUAUAUGUAUAAAGACUCAAACAAUGUUCAAUAUGCCAUAAGUACCUAGUAAAGAAUAAAACUUAUAAAUACAAAUUUUAAAACUUGAAUUUGCUUGCAAAUUGACAGUUGAAAAAUGAUCGCUGACAAUAGCUGAAAGGCACAACGGCUUUUAUCGAUAAAAGUCACAGCAUUGAUAUAAACAAUGUGACCGCUGUUGGAAUAUAACACACUUUUUACUCCAAGAAACUCUGAAUGAAUUGUUUUUUACAUUUUUAAACAAAGUAAAUAAUAGAAAAGAUAAACUGUGGACUACUUUACUUUGUGUCCACCACACAAAAGACAAAUUUCGUCAGAACAAAAAACUGUGAUGUGCCGAAUUUGGUAUAUUUUUCAAAGCGACGCGGUAUAUUUGGAGCUUUUCAGCUAACGGUCACGCUGAUCGUCAAAGCGAUUGCAACGGAUUUAUUCAAAAACAAAAAUUCAAUAAUAUGAAAUUUGUUAUAGCAAAUAUUUAUUGUUUCUAAACAAAACGAAAUUCGUAUAUUAGUUGUUUGUUCAACAUUUGAUUGUUUUAUAAACCUUUUAGUUAUUAAAUGCAUGUAUUUAUUAAUGUACUUCGAUUCGAGAAUCGAUUGUGUUUGUAUAUUGCAUGAUUGGUUUGAUGUUUGUUGUGGAGGGAGGGAAAUUGAAUUUGAGUUGGAAAAGUUAAUACGCGUAUUGGUUGUAGUUUUGUUUUUAUGUAUGUAUAAUUAUUAUUUUGUUUUGCGUUUUGUUUUUAAGUUUUUAAUUAAGUAUAAUAGUUUAUAUAAAAAAUAACAGAGAAAUUAUAUAAAAGAAACAUUAAAAUAUAAUCGUUUAUUUUCUUGUUUUUUUUUGUUGUUGCUGGUUUUUCAUCCUUUUUGUUGUUGUUGGUUGCUUUAAUAAUUAACGC